AUGGCUUCGCCUUUGCCUUCGGCCCUCCCUCGUCUCUCACUCCUUUCCAAACCUUCACCACCUCAACACCACCGCCUUCUGCUAGCUCCGACCCGACCCCAACUUUCCCGGUUCGAAUGCUUGGCCGGGCAGACCGGGUUCUUCACCCGGCUCGGAAGGCUUAUCAAGGAGAAGGCCAAGAGCGACGUAGAGAAGCUCUUCUCCGGCUUCUCCAAGACUCGGGAUAAUCUCGCCGUCAUCGACGAGCUCUUGCUCUACUGGAAUCUCGCUGACACGGAUCGAGUCCUUGACGAACUCGAAGAGGCUCUGCUGGUAUCAGAUUUUGGUCCAAAAAUCACAAUUAAGAUUGUGGAAAGUUUGAGGGAGGACAUAGUAGCUGGGAAGCUGAAAUCUGGAAGCGAGAUAAAGGAAGCAUUGAAGAAGAGUGUGCUGGAUUUGUUAACUACAAAAGGGAGCAAAACUGAACUUCAACUUGGAUACAGGAAACCAGCUGUGGUUAUGAUUGUUGGAGUUAAUGGAGGUGGAAAGACAACAUCUCUUGGAAAGCUGGCUUACAGAUUGAAAAAGGAAGGGGCCAAGGUAUUGAUGGCAGCAGGGGAUACAUUUCGAGCAGCUGCCUGUGACCAGCUGGAGAUAUGGGCUGAGAGGACGGGGUGUGAGAUUGUUGUGGCUGAAAAAGAGAAGGCUAAAGCAUCAUCAGUUAUUUCUCAGGCUGUGAAGAGAGGGAAAGAACAAGGUUAUGAUAUUGUCUUAUGUGACACCUCUGGACGUCUGCACACUAAUUACAGCCUGAUGGAAGAGUUGAUUGCAUGUAAGAAAGCUGUGAGCAAAGUCAUUCCUGGUGCUCCUAAUGAGAUCCUACAAGUUCUGGAUGGGACGACAGGUUUAAACAUGCUUCCGCAAGCAAGAGAAUUCAAUGAGAUUGUUGGGAUAACUGGUUUGAUAUUGACAAAACUUGAUGGCUCUGCUAGAGGUGGCUGCGUGGUCAGUGUGGUAAAUGAACUUGGCAUCCCUGUAAAGUUUGUGGGUGUUGGUGAAGGUGUAGAAGACCUCCAACCCUUUGAUGCAGAGGCCUUUGUUAAUGCCAUAUUUUCAAAUGUUCUUAAAUCUCCAGAUUCAUACUUUGGGAAUGGGCAUGUGAUAGAAGAAAUCAUUCAGAAUUUACAACCCAAACUUUUACGUGCCAACGUCAUCCAUCCUCUCAACUGUCUCCGCCCUCCUCCAUCCUUUCUCGAUCUCACUGCCUCAGUCUCGCUCAUAUCCUCUUCUCACUCUCAGAUGAUCAGACCUCACUGGGCUUUCAUCAAAGAUGUUAAAAAGGUCAAGGAACUUUUUUCUGAUGAAGAUGAUGUUGUGGAAGUUGAUGAGAAGGGAAAAGAUGGGCCAUGGCCUGAAAACAAUGAGGUUACAAAUUUAUAA